GCAAGGCGGCCUGGAAAAGAGCCCUCGAAUAUUAUGACGGCUCAAAUGCCGCGGAAAUUUCAGGACCUUGCUGCGAAUGGCUCAAUAGAAAGCUGGAUCUUCGGAGGUCGCGACAAGAGUGCGUCCACGGGUAUGACCACCCCCGCCAAGGAAAACCCCACCCUGCCGCCGCCCGCCGACUUGGGCUCGGAGCCUCCCCCAAUCAUCAGUGACAUUUUGCCCCCCCGAACCGCAACCCAUAGCCCGGCAGUCCAAUUUGCCCCAACUGCACAGCGAGAUGCCGGCCUCAAAGGUACAAAGUAUACUACCGAUGCUGAAAGGAAAAAAGCCAUUUCUGAAGCUUUGAAACGACGACGCACUUUGGGAGCCAAUGACCAAAGCCAUGGCCAGCACAAUAAGUUGCAAACGGGCAACUUUCAACCCACAGUUAUAUCACCCGUCCCUCUGCAGACCUAUGUCUCUGCUCAAGAUCUGUCCCGUCCCACUGUCGCUGUACCAACACCAGCAUCAUCGUCGUCUACUUCGGAGACUUCUGAUGUCGAGAUGAUGGACCAGUUGGACCCUGUUUUCCCACCAGAAAACAUCCCGGACGACAGUAACGAUGGUGACUGGGAAGAGGGGUCGCAAGUAGGUGAGGUCUCUGUCGUCACAAACCCCGUAAACAGCCAGGUUCAGGCCGAAGCCGCCGAAGUAGCAAAGGUCGAACCGCACGCCCUAAACCUCACUCCAUCCGGACGACCCUAUUUGCGUUGGAAUAAUGAGUCUAUGUACGGUACCACUAUACCAGAUGGAUAUGAGUGGUCCUCGGCUCGUCCUGGCUUUCCCUGGAUCUGCCCUGUUCGAUCGUGUCGGAAGCUUUUUCCUGCCAUAAAGCAGCUAGGUGCACAUUUCGUCCGUCAACAUCGAGGUUCCCUGUUGCACGACAAUAUGGACGGAACUCUCUCGGUACGAGGACAUUAUGCCAAACUCCGGGAUGGUAAGGGUCAAGCUUCGGGUGCCAAACCGAAACCGGGCAUUGUGGUCUCGGUAGGACCUCUGGACCCGUCUGAACCUCUCAUGGUCGCUCCCUCGCUACCGGAACAAGGACAUGGACGAUACGAUGUCGACAACAGCCAGCCCCCAUCGGGAGCUGGAAGCGAAUAUAGUGGUGCCCAGAGUCCUAUGACCAGUCUUGCCAAACCCUCUGGAAAGCCCUCCAGCCUUUACCUUAGGCACUUCAAAGGCCGGGAGCCUCCUAGCAAGGGGCAUGUCAGGACCUUGCUUUCUCUUCCUCAACUACCAGAUUUCGACUGGAACCACAUGCGGAUCAGGACCAACCCCUUCUCUGAUACCAACCCGCGAGACAUCACUGCCUUAAUCCUGCAAGUGACAGAAGAGCCUGCCCCCAAGUCGUGUGGCCGAGGCGCAAGUGGCAACGGCCUAUUUCAGUCAUGCGUCAUGAUUUCACCUCGAGCUCCUGAUGAUAUUACGUAUUGCACUCUGAAGGACCGGGGAAGGGAGAGGGCAGGCAGGAUACUUCGCAGCGGGCAAGGGGCCCAACAGGACUACCAGGAUCCAGGAUGGGACGAUGCAGACAUCAGCACGUCGAAUGUGUCUGAGCAAGCUAUCGGUUCGCUAACUGCAAACACCACCCAGACUUCCCCGACCGUUUCAUCUUCUGACGGCUUCGAGUUUGCUUCACCGGGAAGAAGGUACACGGAAUGGGAUGAUGACAACGGAGACCCUAGAUCGCUAUGCGGAGUCAUGAUUCCUGCUGGAUAUACUGAGCGUUCGGGACCGAGACCGUUCCCGUGUCCAAUCAGAAGCUGCGAGACAAAGUGUAUAAAGGUGAAGGAUCUGGGUUUUCAUUUCUCGCGCUCCCAUUAUGCAAGUUAUCUUAAAGACAACGGAGAUGGGAGCUUUGAUCUCGUUGGUGUAUAUGCCCCCAAGCGAGGCAACAUUGGCCCAAGCGGCAAGAUCCUUCACCCGCGCCCCUCGAUUGUUGUCGCCAAAACGCGACCCGAUGGGUCGGUUGAGUGGGCGGCGAACUGGUGGGUCUUGCGGCAUCAUAUGUUGCCUGCUACUGCUGCUGCCGAUGUGCCCGUGGGCGAUGAAGCACUGGCUAAUCGGAGUUGGCCGCCAAAAAGCAUCUGGGAUCAUAUGGAGGCGGAAGAGAAAACUAGUCAGGGGGCGGUGACAGAAGAGAACGCCAGUCGGAUGGCGGCGGAGCAGCAGAGGGCAGCGGAACAGCAGAGCCCGGCGGAACCAAUGGCCAAUGUGAUGGCAGGAAGGUCACUUAGAAGAAUACCGGGAACCAACCGGGUUCAUAUGAAUGUUUGGCUCCCGAGGGUUAAGACGCCCGGGGUUAUGAGGAAGGAACGACAACAACAACAAUAUCGUAUGCACACACUGAGAUGGCCAGAUGUGCAUCAAAGGCCCGUGCCACCGCGUCCAAAGUCUCCACAAGCUGCGCAGGCUACAGCCCAGGCUCAGCAGGUUGUUCCACAGGCCCCUCAAGUCUCGCAAGCUGAACAGCCAGCGGAUAUUGCACGCAACGCUGCCGUGGAGGGGGUUGAGGAAGAACAUGAGGGUGUUUCCACUCGGUACAAGCUGAGGACGCGGACUUCUGAGUCGGGACAUUUCUACCCACAGGCGCCGCCUCCAGCUCCAGCAGAACCUGACGAGUCUAUCGCAGAAGAACCAGCCCCACCACCACCCAUCGUAAAACACCAGCGGCGGCAACCCAAAAGCCGCAUUUUGGAAGGUAUACCAUCAUCCAACGGUGUCCAAACCACGGGCUUCGUCAUCGCGGAGCAAGUUUUGGAAAUGGAAGACUGGGAGGUUGCGCCGGGGCGGAUCAGGGAGAUGGACCCCAAAUCCGAGAGCAUUGCCUUUUCCAAGUCUUUUCUUUCGAGCACGCAUGCUGUGGAGGUGUGCGAGGAUGUGGCUUUCCGGGUGGAUGUUAUCAGGAGCGGUCAGACGUUCAAGAUCGAGGGGGAGGAGAACCAGAUCAGGCUGGUGUCGCUUGCUUCGGGAAAGUUGAGGGUCAAGAUUGGGGAGGAGCCUGAGUUUGUGAUGGGGCCGCAUGGGAUGUUCAAGGUCAAGGCUGGGGCGGGGUGUACGGUGAGGAACAGGAUGUAUGUGGAGGCUAUUAUUCAUACGACGGUUUUGAAUGGGUUUUCUUGAAGGGUUUUGGGGCUAGUGGUUGUGGGGAACAUAUUCUUGCAUGUGAGUUUUUGGUUCCAGUAGAUAAUCAUGGAGCGUGAGAUAUAUGGCUGUGGUUUUGUCGAGGUGCAUGUUGAAGCGUUUGCCUGGUGGAGUUUGUAUGCAUUGCAUGACUGAAUUAAAUAGCUAUAGACAUGAUGAUGAGCAUUGGUUUGGUUUCUGGCAGGGAACAAUAUAAGGAAACAAAGACUCCACACGUUGUGUUUCU